AUGCCACGAGCCUCGAGCAGGGAUUUCGGUGUUCAAAUUGCAGCUCUAGUGGGCUCGAGUGCAGGUAAAUUCAAGAUCGAAAAUCGAUCUUCGGUACAGCAGUUGACGGAAAUCAGGCCACAUGUUCGCAAACCUAGGCGAAGGUUUCAAGGACGCACCGAGAACGACAUUCUGUGUAGUUCCCAGCGUCAUGAUCUCGAGACGGAUUGCCCAGAAGCCGACACUCGGCCAAUCCUAGUCCAACCAACUAGCGUAGAGCCAACACCAACUGCAUUUUCAGCAGAAUCAUCUGCAGCGCCGCACUCGAGCUUCUUGGGACGAUCGAGUUACAUUACUAGCACCGAUCUAGCUGUUGAUGAAGAGGAUGCCAUGCAAUAUAAAUCGCCACAAGCUAAGUCCACAGAAAACCUGGCAGAACUGCAAUCCAGCAUGCUUCGAGCAGCUUCAAGCAUUUGCAUACCUCCGCAGUCAUUACAGUUGAGCCUUAUUAAAAGCUUCAUGGAACGAGGAGCGCCUUGGAUGCCUAUUGUUGAGCCAAAUGAGCUAGAACAGUUGAGAUGCCACAAAUCUGACUCGCUCUUGGCGACAGCGGUGUUUGUCGCUGGUAGUAAGCUCUCUGCUGCGCCGAAUGCCCUGAUCUGGGGCGAAAAGUGCUACUUCUAUACGAAGUGUCUGCUCUUCCAUGGUACUGGCCAUGGCAUUCUGCAUUCUAUAAUAGCGACAAUCCUUCUUCAUUGGUGGAAUCCAUCUGGACCCGAGCAUGUGUCGUUGGACAGUAGUAGUCUGUGGUUAAGAAUCAGUGUGGGCAUAGCCCACCAGGCAGGCCUUCAUCGAGAGCCAGAACCACAUUUGCCCGAUGCAGGUCUUCGCCGUCGGUUGUGGUGGACGCUCAUCGCAAGGGACAACCAAAUUUCAACGAGCCACGGCCGACCCCGAGCGCUUAGGCUUGAGGACUCGAAUGUCAGACCGCUUCAGUUGGAUGAUUUCAGAGGUACGAACGAAUUCGACGCCCUACUAUUCAUGCACUUUGUGCGUAUCACCUCUAUCGUUGGUGAUAUCACAGAGCACUGUCGCUGUGGCGGCCUUUCCGAGAGGCGUCGCCUAAGCAUUGAACUGGAGCUGCUGCGCUGGAUCAAAGAUGUGCCACCGGCACUGUCCCUAUUUGAUAAGGUGACUCAAACCCCGAGGACAUAUAAUUUCAAACUGCGACAGCUGUAUGUUCCCUUCUUCGUGGCUCUCAUAAUCUUUUACCGCGGCGAUACGACGGGUCAGCAGUUUUCCGCCACAAGCCUGUUGGCUGCCUCGUUUGUUUCGGGCAUCUUUGAAGAGUACAUUGCUUGGGCAGACAUCAUGUUUCUUGCUCCUGCAUCGAUAUUUUAUCUUCUUGUUGCAGGUCUAAUCCAAGUUUCAUCAUAUCGGUAUCCUGAACUAGCUAAAAACAAUGAAACAGAGAUCUCGACUGUUCGUGUCUCACUCAAAGAAUUAGGAAAACGCUUCCCAACAGCUCAUGGAGCGGAGCGCAUCUUCGAGAAUCUCUUGGCUCGGUCGCAACGCAGAGGGAGGGCGAGUCAACGCUUCUCCGUCAGAUUAUCAGCCAUACAGAAGGAGCUCUUUCAACCAUUCGACCACCAUCUGUGUGCUUCUUGGCCAUUGGUGUUUGGUAGCUUAGAUGGUAGGAACCCUGACACGAAUCAACUGCCACGAAACAACGGGGGCAUAACUCAAAGAGAUCCUACCCUUGACGACGAGAUGGAGUCAGAACCUCUUGCUGGGGCCAACGCCGGGCCAGGGCAAUACACACACGCUGAGGUUAACCUGGCCGAUAGUGGUCCAGACUUUCUACAACCUGUCGACGCUCUCGGAGAUUAUACACUAGGUGGCCUCGACUUCUGGUGGCCAGAUUGGACUGAACUGAAUCAUUAA